AUGGCCUCCUUUUCGUAUGCAAAUGGAGAUGAGCCUGGCGAGUUCUCUGAGGGUCUCUUCAUCUGUCUCGUCGUUGGCUCCCAGCUUGGGCUCUUUGUCGUCAGCUCUAUGGGUGCCAAGCAUGCCAGCUUCCAAAGCGAAGAUGAGACGCAGAAGGCCUACACGAUGUUCUACAACGCGGCCUUGAUCCUGAACCUGGUGAUGGACAUCGCUCUCCAAACCUACUUGAGCUACCUUCAGAUGGUGGGAGUUGGUGCUCACACUUCGGACGGGCGCCUGCUGGGUAGCCUGGACAGCCCGCAGCAAAUCUUCGAGUCAUAUCCAAUCCAGAAAUCGGUUGGCAAACUGCUCUUCGUGUACUGUUGGCCUUGCACUUUCUUCGUCCCCUUCCUGGCAGAGCCCCUGGCGGUGCAGUGGCUGCCAAAGCACCUGGGCCAGUACAUCGUGGGAGCGAACAAGAAGAUCCAAGGAGAGAACGCCGAGAAGGCCCUGGAGUUGGGCGAGAUGGAACAAGGCCGGUACGCCGAUUGCAUCUUCAACGUGAUCCUCAUGACCUGUAUUCCGUUCAUUUCUCCGGCUUAUCUCGCUAUGACACUGGCUGCGUUGCUAUUCUCCCAUGCUUACCUCUACAUCUAUGACCAGAUCAAGGUGCUUCGCUAUGUCCGCAAGUUCAACUUCAGCGAUGCUGAGGUGCACUGGCUGGGCAUGCAGCUCUUUGCCAUUCCAUGCAGCAUAUUGGCCGGUGCCUUGGUUUUCAAGACCAACCAGAUGUCCAGCAAGUCGGAUGAAUUGGGAUCCGGAUACCUAAAGGGAAGCUCGCUGCUCAUCGUCGUGGUCGGCGCGGCAGUGGUCCACUUUGUGCUGCACCUGCUCCUCCUGGAGUUCGUAGUGAAACCCAUGGGUGAGGAGCCCGGCUCGAAAUCAUCAACCCCGUACAAGGAGGCCGCUUGCAGCUGCCCCGCAACAUUCCUCUCAACAAAUCCUGUCUUCUGCCUCCGGUCGAAAUACGUCUUGGGCCACAACCCACCUCAGGCGAUGUACUGUCCGGGGAAGGAGCACCUCAUGCAGCCAAACCCGUCGUGCCCUGCCUACUACCAGGGCCCAUCGAGCAAGUCUGCAGCCAGCAAGUGA